GCGCGGCUGCGGGGCCUGAUCGAGGAGGCCUGCGGCGUGCCCCUGGUGCCCGGGGACGUGGAGUGGAGCUGCUGGGCGGAGGAGGGCACGGGUCUGCUCGUCGCCCGAAUGCGCCUGGCGGUGCUGGAGCACGACGAGCCCGUGGUCUUCGAGGGCACGGGCGAGACGCAGCGGGAGGCCGAGCGCGGGGCGGCCGAGGCAGCGCUGGGGCACCUCGAGGCCUGGCUGCUGGAGCAGAUCCGGAGCCUAGGCGACGACGGUGCGGCCGCAGCGGGCCGUGCGGAGCCGCCCGCGGGCGGGGCGGGGGUGCGGGCAGGGCCGUCCGCGGCGGAAGCGUCGGCCCCAGUCCUGCCCAUUGCAGAGGCGGUCAUGGCGGCUUCCACGAACCUGGGCGGCAGGAACCUCGGGAAGUUUCUGUCGACGAUACUGGGCGCCCCACAUACGUACGGCGACCUCGUUCGUGACGUCUCCGAGGACAACAAGACGUGUACACUGCGGGUCAAGAUAUUGGAGGUAGGGGGGCCGCUCGAGUUUGCCGGCGAGGGGCCCGACUUCUCGAGUUCGGCUUCCGCUGCAUAUAGUCGAGCGUGCGACGAGCUGCCAGCCUAUCUCGAGCGCUUGUCACUCGAAGGACAGCAGGAGAUUGCUCGGCGAGGCCGAGAGCGUGAAGUGCUGCGUCGUGAGCAGUUCGUCUUGGAGAAGUUGGUCAUGUCUCAGCUGGGUGUCCCACGCGUUCCGAAAGGCACACUCCGCUAUACCUUCCCCAGCGACGGCGCGUGCGUGUUGCUGCUGGACUUGCUGGAGCAAGGGGCCACACUCGAGUUCGAAGGCCGGGGUUCAAGCGAGGUGAGCUCCAUGCGCGCUGCGAUCAAGGCCGCCGCGGAUGGUCUGCAGGCGCAGCUGGAAUCGCUGCCGCCAGACGUGCAACAAGAUAUUGCGCGGAGGGGCAGAGAGUUGACUCAGAACGCGUCUCAGAACGAGCAACACUUGAAGUUGGAGAAAGCGAGGUCCAAAUUGCAGAACUUGGUUCACGAAAAAUUGGGUGUCCCAUCCCUGCCGAGAGGCACUAUCAGCUAUAACGCCUCCAGCGACGACAAGUGUGUCGUUCAGCUGGACUUGCUGGGGCAAGGAGCCACGCUCGAGUUCGUAGGCUCGGGUUCCAGCCAGCCGAGCUCCAUGCUGGCUGCGAUCAGGGCGGCGGAGGAUGGGCUGCACUCACAGUGGGAAGCGCUGCCGCCAGAUGUGCAAAACGAGAUAGCGCGGAGAGGCAGAGAGUUGUCUCAAGAUGUGAGGGAGAGGGAGUGUGCGAGCGCUGACUUAUUCAAGUUGCUCAGAGGUCAGCUGGGUGUCCGCGACAUGUCGAAGGGCACUGUGCGCUGCACUUUCCCUGGCGACGGCACGUACGUGGUGCGGCUGGACUUGCUGGGGCAAGGUACCACGCUCAUGUUCGUAGGCAGGGGCUCCAGCGAGGCGAGCUCCAUGCGCUCUGCGAUCAGGGCCAUAGAGUGUGGCCUGCAUGCGCAGCUGGAAGCGCUUCCGAUAGAGGUGCAGCAGGCGAUAUCACGGAGGUUUCCGAAGUUAUCGAUGCAGCGGGUCCUGCCCGUCGCAGAGGCGAGCAGGUCAGCGCAGGCUGCUCAGCGGCCAGGCGCAGAGGUGGCCGAUACACCCGACCACCGUGAGACUGAGGCAAAGCUGCUCCUGAGCCUCUUGAUCAGCAUGGGGCAGAGCAGAUCGCCGCAGUGGGCGAGAGCAUGGAGACAGUACUGCGACUUGAAAGGGGGCGGCGCGCCUUUCUACGACCCAGCCAAGCAUGACUUCAGAUUCUUGGUAGGGUUCCUCGACCAUUUAGGAACGAUGGCCCAGCGAUGGGGUGGAGGCGGCAGUAGCCGAGGCUCACGUGCCUCUGGUGACGACGAGUAG